UAAUUCUUCUUAUUGUUUCAAUUUUCUGCAUGUUCUUCCGUUUCUCCACUCUCAGAUCAUUCAUUCCUCUUCUUUAAUCUUAUAUGCGUGAGCCAUAAUACCCUUCCAACUUCCACCCUUUCUCCCACUACAAGAAGUCAGAGUCAACUCGAAGCUCUACAGCCGCCGGAAGAUAGCUUAUAGCUCUCGGACUCACCGACUUAGACGGCGACGAGCUUCUCUACCACCAACAAGCCUCUGCGUUUAUGCCGUCAUCUACUCCACCUUGGGCACUCCGGAUUCGAAGAUGGAUCAUGAGCAGAGUGGGUUGUCAUGAGCUUGAAUACAGAGGAGGUAUGGCGUGGUGGUGGUGCUAGCAGCCUCUGCUCACCGGAGAGUAAUGAAAACAAAGGAUGUAUGGCGUGAUGCGGUGGAUGAAGAUGACGACGUUAUGCGGCUGAUGAUUAUUCAACUCAGAUUUAGAUUUAGGUUUUUUUUUGUUUUGGUUUAGUGUUUUUUACUUGGUUUAGAUUUGGAUAUAUACUUCCAUUGGGCUUACAAUAAUUGUAGAGUAGUGAUUGUAAUUCAAAGGAAACAGAGAAGCCAACGAAAACUCCAAAGGUCUUUUCCACUUUUAAUUUGGUUUAUAGUUCUUACUGUUAUAGUAAACUCCAAUCGGCCUUUUACAAAAAAGAUCGAUGUUUUCAAACGUGAACUCCCUCUCUAUGCAUGCUCUUGAUGAACGAAGCGAUUGAGAGGUUGAAGCAAGAGGCUUCAUCAGUACAAGGGGUAGAAUUGAAAACUGAUAAUAAGAAGAACUGGAUGAGCUCUUCCCAGUUAUGGAUCUCGAACUCUAACUCACAGUCGCAAUCGAAACGAAAAAGAAAACAACGAGGGGCAAUUAUGUCAUUUAACCGUCCUCCACCACCUCCUCCUUCAGCUCCUCUGUCUCUUCCAACGUCAGAAAUAUUGACUGACUAUAGCAGCAGAAUUGAGCAGAGUCAUCCAAUUCAGAAGAAAGAGCUGAGAAGGAAAUGGUCUGAGGAACUUCACUGGAGGAUCACUGAUGCUCUUCAGAAGAUUGGAGGGUCACAAGUGGCAACACCAAAGCAGAUUAGAGAUAUCAUGAAAGUUGAUGGUUUAACCAAUGAUGAAGUCAAGAGUCAAUUACAAAAAUAUAGAAUGCAUAUCCGUAAGCAUCCGCUGCAUCCAACAAAGAAUUUUUCAGCCUCGGAUCAGCCUAGGGAAACACAGAACUUAAUAAGUUUAUCGAGGUCGGAUUCGCCACAAGGCCCGCUUGACUGGUGAGCAAAACACUGUUGUAGAGGUAUUACGUUGUGCGACAGCAAAAGUCCGAGAGACUACAAGUGACGACCCUAAACUAUCCUCAUCUGCUGUACCAGCAAGCGUUCGUCAUGCAGCAAACAAGUCGAAGCUUGAUCCAAAUGAGAGUGGAAAAAGAAGGCACACAAGACAUAGCUCCACGUGACAAGGAAAGUCCACCUCUGUUUGCUUGAAAUAAUCUUAUAGGGUCACUUUCUAUUUUACAUUAUUAAACUAAAUGUAGUGGUGGAUCUUUGAGUUAUUAUUGCAAAUUUAUUUCCUCAAAUGGCUUUCUCUUUGUUUUAAGAUGUAGAGUCUAAUAAUGUAAAAUAACGGUGGAUCAAUAUAUUAUUUUAGAUAUAAA